GUCGGCCCCGGCGCGAUGGCGGGGGUGGCGGGGCGAAUGGCCGAAGUGAGCUGGACGGUCUUGGAGCGGAGAGCCCGGUCCAAGCGCUCAGUCGGGAUAUCGCUGUAGUUUAGCCUGUGACGCUUAUGAUUAGAGCCAACACAUUGAAAUGGCCCGCUCUCCUGGUGCAGUCGCCUCCUCGCCGCCAGCUCUCUUAAGGUCUGGCUCAGUCUAUGAACCUCUUAAAAUCACUCAUCUUCCGAGAUCCGACCAUGAGACCCUGUGGGACAAGCUGGAUCGCUACUACGGGAUCGUCAAGUCCACGCUGCUGCGCUAUCAGAGCCCAACCACGGGCCUCUUCCCCACGAAAACAUGCGGCGACGACCAUAAGGCCAAGGUGCACGACAGCCUGUACUGCGCCGCGGCGGCCUGGGCACUGGCUCUUGCGUACAGGCGCAUCGACGACGACCAGGGGCGGACCCACGAGCUGGAGCACUCGGCCAUCAAGUGCAUGCGCGGCGUCCUCUACUGCUACAUGCGGCAGGCGGACAAGGUGCAGCAGUUCAAGCAGGACCCGCGCCCCACCACGUGCCUGCACUCCAUCUUCCAUGUGCGCACUGGCGACGAGCUGCUGUCCUGCGAGGAGUACGGCCACCUGCAGAUCAACGCCGUCUCGCUGUUCCUGCUCUACCUGGUGGAGAUGACCUCCUCCGGCCUGCAGAUCGUGUACAACACGGACGAGGUCUCUUUCAUUCAGAACCUCGUGUUUUGUGUGGAGAGAGUGUACCGGGUGCCCGACUUCGGGGUCUGGGAAAGAGGGAGCAAGUAUAAUAACGGCAGCACGGAGCUGCAUUCGAGCUCCGUGGGCUUGGCCAAGGCUGCUCUGGAAGCGAUUAAUGGGUUCAACCUCUUCGGCAGCCAGGGCUGCUCGUGGUCGGUGAUCUUCGUGGACCUGGACGCCCACAACCGCAACCGGCAGACGCUGUGCUCGCUGCUGCCCCGGGAGUCGCGGUCACACAACACAGACGCCGCCCUGCUGCCCUGCAUCAGCUACCCGGCCUUCGCCCUGGACGACGAGGCCCUCUUCAUGCAGACACUGGACAAAGUGGUUCGGAAACUGAAAGGAAAGUACGGAUUUAAGCGCUUCUUGAGGGACGGGUACAGAACGUCCUUGGAAGAUCCCAACAGACGCUACUACAAGCCAGCUGAGAUUAAGCUGUUUGAUGGCAUCGAAUGUGAAUUUCCCAUAUUUUUCCUGUACAUGAUGAUUGACGGUGUUUUCAGAGGCAAUUCCCAACAAGUCAAGGAGUAUCAGGACCUCCUGACUCCAGUACUUCAUCAGACCACGGAAGGUCACCCUGUCGUGCCCAAGUACUACUAUGUGCCGGCGGACUUUGUGGAGCACGAGAAGAGAAACCCCGGCAGUCAAAAGCGGUUUCCUAGCAACUGUGGCCGUGACGGAAAGCUGUUUCUUUGGGGACAAGCCCUUUAUGUCAUCGCCAAGCUCCUGGCCGAUGAGUUAAUCAGCCCGAAGGACCUCGACCCCAUCCGGCGCUACGUCCCGCAGCAGGACCAGCGGAACGUGAGCAUGCGGUUCUCCAACCAGGGCCCGCUGGACAAUGACCUGGUCGUUCACGUCGCACUCAUAGCAGAGAGCCAACGCCUGCAGGUCUUCCUCAACACAUAUGGCAUCCAGACGCAGACGCCGCAGCAGGUGGAGCCCAUUCAGAUAUGGGCGCAGCAGGAGCUGGUGAAGGCGUAUUUCCACCUGGGCGUCAACGAGAAGCUGGGGCUCUCGGGGAGGCCGGACAGGCCCAUCGGCUGCCUGGGCACGUCCAAGAUCUACCGCAUUCUCGGGAAGACGGUGGUUUGUUACCCCAUCAUCUUCGACCUGAGCGAUUUCUACAUGUCCCAAGACGUCUUGCUGCUCAUAGACGACAUCAAGAACGCGCUGCAGUUCAUCAAGCAGUACUGGAAGGUGCACGGCCGCCCCCUCUUCCUCGUGCUCAUCCGGGAAGACAACAUCAGGGGCAGCCGGUUCAACCCCAUACUGGACAUGCUGGCGGCCUUUAAGAAAGGAGUGGUCGGAGGGGUCAAGGUCCGCGUGGACCGCCUGCAGACACUGAUCUCCGGGGCCAUGGUGGAGCAGCUGGACUUCCUGCGCAUCAGCGACACGGAAGAGCUUCCGGAGUUUAAGAGUUUUGAGGAACUGGAGCUGCCCAAACACUCAAUGGUCAAGCGGCAGAGCAGCGCCUCCAGCGCCGCAGAGCUGGAGCAGCCGCCGGAAGUCACCGCUGCCGAGUGGAGGAACAGACCCACCCAGGACAUCCUGCAGAAGCUGCAGGACUGCGGCUGUGUGGCCAGCCAGAUCAUCCUGCUGGGCGUGCUGCUCCGAAGGGAGGGCCCUGACUUCAUCACGAAGGACGGCGCCGUCUCCGAUCACAUCGAGAGAGUCUACAGAAAAGCUGGCAGCCAAAAGCUUUGGUCGGUUGUGCGCCACGCAGCAAGCCUUUUAAGUAAAGUGGUGGACAGUCUGGCCCCGUCCAUUACUAACGUGUUAGUGCAGGGCAAGCAGGUGACUCUGGGUGCCUUUGGGCACGAAGAAGAGGUGAUCUCGAACCCGCUGUCACCAAGAGUGAUUAAGAACAUCAUCUACUACAAGUGUAACACCCACGACGAGAGGGAGGCGGUCAUUCAGCAGGAGCUGGUCAUCCACAUCGGCUGGAUCAUCUCCAAUAACCCCGAGCUGUUCAGCGGCAUGCUCAAAAUACGCGUGGGCUGGAUCAUCCACGCCAUGGAGUACGAGCUGCAGAUCCGAGGCGGGGACCGGCCGGCCAAGGACUUGUACCAGCUGUCGCCCAGCGAGGUCAAGCAGCUCCUGCUGGACAUUCUCCAGCCUCAGCAGAAUGGAAGGUGCUGGCUGAACCGGCGCCAGAUCGACGGGUCCCUGAACAGGACGCCCGCGGGCUUCUACGACCGCGUGUGGCAGAUCCUGGAGCGCACGCCUAAUGGCCUGGUUGUGGCCGGGAAGCACCUGCCCCAGCAGCCCACCCUGUCGGACAUGACCAUGUACGAGAUGAACUUCUCGCUGCUGGUGGAGGACAUGCUGGGGAGCAUCGACCAGCCGCAGUACAGGCAGAUAGUCGUGGAGCUGCUCAUGGUUGUGUCCGUUGUCCUGGAGAGGAACCCGGAGCUGGAGUUUCAGGACACGGUCGACCUGGACCAGCUGGUGCAGGAGGCGUUCCGGGAGUUCCAACGUGACGGGGGCCGCCCGAGCGAAGCGGACCCGCGGGGCGGCUUGACCUCCUUCUACAACACGCCCCCGCUGGGUCGGAGGGGCACCUGCAGCUACCUGACCAAGGUCGUGAUGAACCUGCUGCUGCAGGGGGAGGUCCGGCCGAGCGGAGACGACCCGUGUCUGGUCAGCUAGUGAGGCAGCGGUCGGGCUUGGCCAGGUCCCACCUUCCCGGGGCGAUCGCGGGCUGCGUGGAAGCCUCGUGGCCCUGCCGGUCAUGCUGGGGAGGUGGUCGCCCACCUCGGCCAAAGCUGUGGGGCCUGCCGCCUGCAUGGGCCCGUCUCGAGGUGAGGAAUGCUCGUGCUCCGGGAUGGACAUGCGCGUGGUCGCGCCGGCUGCAGCCGUAGUCUUAACUGUUCAAAGCAUUUGUGACUUGAAAGCUCCCCACUGCAUGUUUUAGAUCAAGUAGCUCAUCAGAGUAAACCGCUGCACUUUGGACUAAAUUCUCCACUCACCGCCAUGGAGGUGGGCGUGCCGAGCGGCCGUGCACCCUGGAGUGGAGAGACUUCGGACGGACAGUGACCUGUCCUGGUGGCGCGGUCACGCCAGAAGGUACGCAAGUCAUCGUGAAAGAACCGGCCAGCGGCCAGGUUGAUUCUGGGAAGCUGCAUUAUUGGUGGAAUUCUAGUUCACUGGACCGCAGGGUUUUCGUCCUGUAAACGUGACCGUGGCUUUGUGCCCGUGCUGACUGCGGGGCGGGGCGGAAGCUCGGCGAUAAACCUGAUCAGAUGCUUGUGACGCUUGUGUGGCAGACACCAGCUGCACCUGCUCAGACGUCUGCUGUGAGUUCUUGCCAAACACGGGGCGUGCGUGAGGUUGUUCCGGGGUGGGAGGGGGUAAGCUGGUUUGUACUAGUGGAAACAAAAAUAAAUGUCACUAAUUUUAUCUCUGAAUGA